UUCCACAUUUCUCAAUUCUCACCUCUCAAUUCAAUUCCAUAAUCAAUGUCGCGAUUGCCCUUGGCAGGCCGCGAGGUUCCAAUAAUCGGCAGCGAUUCGACUAAAUGGUUCAAUCUAUAUCUUCCCCAUUCACCAUCAACAUCACCAUCACCACAACUGCUACACAUUGCUCCUCCUCUUACUAAAGACGCCUCUUCUUGCUGCAAUGUAGGAGACCCCCCAAAUUAUUUCAUAUGGAGAAUCAACAAGACUUGUCCAAAUGUCCUUGAGAUAGUUGAAUUCUGCACCUUAUCAGAAUUUCCGAGGGUUGGAUUGCGGAUCCAUUUUCCUACUCCUUUAUCUCCAUUUGCGUUCAUAUGCAAACACAAGCUCUCAAGUACUUCUGGGAAACCAUACAUGCUUUACACAUUGAGUGUUUCCGGAGUUGCAUAUCUUAUUAGACUGACUGAUAUUGAUAACUAUGGAUCAUGUUCUGUUUUCCCACUGGUUGAUGUUGUUGAGUUGAAUAUUCAGAGUUAUUGUGAUUAUGGAGGCAUUACGGCUGUAGCAGCUACUGCAGGGUGUCUUGUGAUAGGGGGUAGUGAUGGAUCCGUUGCUUGUUUCCGACUUAGCAUGCUUGACUCUAGUGCUCCAAGUUCUCUACAUGAACUUCGAGAUGAUUUAAGUUCUGAUCACUCCGGGAGUUUGAUGUCCGGUAGCACCGUUGCUCCAGUGAUGGAUAUGGUAUGCUUAGAGAUUCAAGGGAGAAAAACUCUUUUGGUGCUUCAUUUGGAUGGAAUAUUACGAGUAUGGGACCUUGUGAGUUGUACCAGACUUCUGAAUUAUAGCAUGAAUGUUUCAGCAGUCGAAGGAGCUACAUUCACGAGGUUAUGGGCAGGAGAAUCUACCGAUGAUACAAGGAUACUACCUUUGGCGGUCCUGCAUAACUCAAAUUCGGUUGUUGGUUGGGAGAGGAUCUCGUUAUACAAUUUGCAACUCAAUCUGGGAGGGAUGACUAGUUUUAUUAUUAUGCCUUCAACAAUUAACAUACCAAUGCCUCAGGGUAUGCUCAUUGAUGUCAAGCUUUUUUCAAAUAAAAUCUGGGUACUAGAUGCAGAAUUGUUGGCACUGCACAGCUUGUCAGAUUCAAGUGAGAGCAGGGUAUCCAGGGAAGUCUAUUCUUUACAGAAUACAGUCGUUGCUAAUCAACUAUUUCAGGAUGAGCAUGCUGCAGAUGAUCUUCUUUUGCUUGCUUAUGCAUUAUAUCCAUCUGCAAAGGAGCAAAUUGUGUCUCGUGUAUCGUCCAUCUUCUUACGUAUGUUAUUUUCUCCCGGUGUUUACCAUAGUUAUGUUAUCCGAGCAACGCUUCAAGAUCAUAACAUACACUUCACGGAUUCUGAGUUCAAUUCCUUAACUGUUGAUGGUUUGCAAAAAGAGAUCAUUUCUGUCAUUGAACAUGAGGGCUCCUCCAGGAGUUUGCUUUCCCUUCUUGAUUGCUGGAGAAACUUCUGUUCGCACUACUAUGACAAUUGGUGUCAUCAGAAUGCACCCUGUGCGUUACUUCUUGAUUCAGCUACUGGUGCUAUUGGUUUAGUUAGAAAAUCUUCUGUUUCUCUACUGCGGCAUUUCGAGGAUAUAGAGCUUCUUAUCGUCGAGUCGCAAGAUGCACUGGGACAAAUUCCAAGGUCUAGGUUGAAUCUAUCAGGCGAUGUUGAAAUCAGAAUACUCUCUGAGGUGCUUCAAUGCGCCACUCGUCUAAGUCAUCAUCUGGGGAACGGUGUCUCUGCCUUACUCCGUGAAUCUUUUUUUAGUGAACCAUGUGUAUCUCCUGAAGAUGUCGUGGGACGUUUAUUAAGGGUUCUAGAAUCCGGGUAUUCUUCUUCUAUAACUGCUCUUCAUGUAUCAGAGCUAGGUGUUGAUACUGCUUGGAAGAAGAGAGUUGGUGACCACAAGAUUCUCAGAAAAUUCUCCAUAGAUAUUUUAUUAUUGCUUAAGGGAUUGUACCGAAUAGCUGGAACGUGGGACAAAGUUUUCAAAGUGAUAUUAGACUACUUGAACGUUUUAGUUCCUCGAAAGGAUGAAAACAAAUCGACUUCUGAUGCGGUUUUUGAUCUUAGGACAUGCAUAACCGUUCAAAUAACUUCACAGGUUGCCAACAUAAUAUUUGAAUCUGCAGUGGACAUACUAUUGUUGCUCAGCUAUAUGGUAAAGCUGGCUGGCCAGAUAGAUAUGUUACCAGAUGAUAUUUCCAUGGUACAACUUGUGUUAUAUCCACUGAUCCAUGAAAUCAUUACCAAGUGGCAUUUAAUACAUUUUUUUGGGACAACACCUUGUGUAUCAACCUUGGAAGAUUUCAGUUCUCGAUCUUUUUUGUUGCAAAUUGAUAGCAGCGCUCAACGAAUAUCAUGGAAGGACAAGUUUGGGAAACGUGACUUUACUUUGGCGUUUAUUCUGUUGCUUGAUCAUCAAAGCUCUUUUGAAGACCAGGGUGUUAAUCUAAAACAUCUUCCAAAUCCUGCCUCCUUCAUUGCUCCUGUACAGAAGUUCAUAAGUUGGAUAGUCUGGGGAAGGAGUGAAGAUGAGCCAUCUUUCUCUGCUCGCUCAAGUAUGCUUGCUUUGACCUUGCUUAAGCAUGGUCAGAUUGAUGCUGUUGAGCAUCUACUUACUCUGGUAAACCAAAAUCUACUUGAGAGAGCUACUGCAAGUAUUCAGGGUGUGAACAAUGAUUGGUGCACACUCCUUCACCUUCUUGGUUGUUGUCUUCUUGCACAAGCACACCGUGAACCACUGCACGCUUCCACCGAGAAGAAACAUAAUGAAGCUAUUUCCUGCUUUUUCAGAGUUGCAUCUUUGCAUGGGGCUUCAAAGUCAUUUCAGAAUUUGCCAUAUGAAUCUGGAUCGCCACACCUUGGUUUCUCUUAUAACGUCUCCCCUGGUGCUUGGAAAUUUCACUAUUAUCAAUGGGCAAUGCAGAUUUUUGAUCAAUAUAAUAUGAGUGCAGGUGCCUGCCAAUUUGCAUUUGCUACUCUUGAACAAGUCGAUGAAGUAUUCAGCCUUAAAGACACUUUUCCUGGGGUACAUUUACCCAAUGAAUCACCAAUUACCGCCAAAGGACGAAUUUGGGCAAAUGUAUAUAAAUUUAAAUUGGAUUUGAAUUGUUACCAUGAUGCAUAUGGUGCAAUUAUCAGUAAUCCAGAUGAAGAAAGCAAAUACAGUUGCUUGAGGCAUUUUAUCAGUGUGCUUUUUGAGCGUGGUUCCCUUAAGAUUCUUUGUGAUGGCCAAUUACCUUUUAUUGGUUCAGCCGAGAAGGUGGAACAGGAGCUUAUUCGGAAGGCAAAGCAUUCAGAUGUUUCGGUGAAAUCAAACCCUUAUAAACUAUUAUAUGCAUUCGAAAUGCAUCAACACAACUGGCGCAAGGCUGCAAGUUAUAUGUACCUUAGUUCAUCACAACUGAAAAGUGAAGCAGGUUUGAAAAAUAACCAGGCCCGAUCGCUGGCUCUGCAAGAAAGAUUAAAUUGCAUCUCUGCAACUAUUAAUGCAUUGCAUCUUGUUCAUCCAACAUGUGCGUGGAUCAAUAACUUCUUGGUUCAAGAAAAGUCCAUUCAUAAAGAGUUGUAUACAAGUAAAAUGGCUAGAAUCACUAUUCCAGAGGAAGCUAAUGAUUGUCCCGCAAGUGAGAAGUUGGAUUCCUGCUUGGAUAUUGAGAAACUAGAAAAGGAGUUUGUGUUAACAUCGGCAGAAUAUUGUCUUUCGCUAGCAAAUAUUAAAUGGACAUUUACUGGGAUUGAGAAGCCCGACCCAAACUUGGUUGAGUUGCUAGUUGAGUCCAAUCUAUAUGAUAUGGUAUUCACUGUAAUUCUAAAAUUCUACAAGGGUUCAGCGUUGAAGAGGGAACUGGAAAGAGUAUUUAUAGCCAUGACACUAAAAUGCUGUCCAAGCAGGGAAAGUUCUAAAAAACAUCGUCUGCUGUUAGCAUCAUCAAAGGAUGAGGGUGCCUGUGUUUCCGUUGACCUUGUCGCUGCAGCUCAUGCUAAUCACUCCAAGGGGAAUGACAAGUGGGAUGCACUUGAGCAAUACACAGAAAAAUACCAUUGUCUUCAUCCUGGAUUACCAGUGAUUGUUGCAGAAACACUUCUCUGUGCUGAUCGGCGGAUUAAACUUCCCCUUUGGCUUGUCCAGAAGUUCAAGAGCACACAGAAAGAAUGUUGGGGCAUGGCUGGCUCUGAAUCAAGCCCUGCUUUAUUGUUUCAACUAUAUGUUGAUUAUGGGCGAUAUGCAGAGGCAACUAAUUUGCUGCUUCGGUAUAUUGAGUCUGCUGCAUUGGUGAGACCAGCUGAUGUUAUUCGUGGGAAAAAGACAUCUGCAGUCUGGUUUCCAUACACAGCCAUUGAAAGGUUGUGGUGUAAGCUUGGUGAGUUGAUUGGUUCGGGCCAUAUGGUUGGUCAAUGUGAAAAGCUAAGAAGCUUGCUAGAAAGGGCCCUGUCCGAACAUUUCCAACAGAGACAGGUUAAUCGAUCCAGGGAAGAACAUCGAUUAAAAUGCGAAGUCGAUUCCGGGAAUUAACCGCAAGAAUGAAAGAAGCGGGUGGGAUUCAUUUUUCAUCAUCAACACCGGGAAGAAAAUAGAACCACCGCCGCCAUGUAUGUGAACCAGACACACCACCGUCCACGUCAAAGGACCACCAUAAACCACUGAUUGGAGUAAGAAAAGAAAGAGGGAAUUGAAAUUUUACCCUAAUUGAAGUAAGG